AUGAUUAAAUUCGCUAUACUCACCGGAGCAAUUGCCCUCGGCGCUGCUGUCUCCGCUCAGUGUGGCUCUGGUACACCGGAUGCCACAGUCAACGGCGAAGACGGUUCGUACACUGCCGCUGUUGGAUCUGAAGAAGUGUACUCGGGCGAUGACUACUAUACUGCUAUCCAGACUGCACUGGAUGCCAUCAGCUCGGGGCAGCGUCUAUCGGUCAUUGCAUCGGGAUCCAUCGGCACCAACGUCAUAAGCAUCAGUAGCGGCAAGACGUUCGAAGGAUGCGGAACCAUCGACGUGGGCUUCAACGAGGGCGGACGCGGCGCGAUCGAGUCGCUCGACACGGACGGGGUAUCAAUCCCGUACCUCAGCAUGACCGGCAACCCGUACUUCGGCAUGCGCUUCUACGGCGUCACAGGCCUCUCGCUCGGUACCAUCACGAUGAACCUGAGCGGAGGACUGGGAAUCCGCUUCGAACGCGAUGAAGCCGCCAACGCUGACGUGAGCAUGGACAGUAUCACAGUCACCGGAGCCGGCAGCCAUGCCGUCGAGACCUGGAACAUUGACGGCCUUACCAUUAACGAGGUCAUUGCGCGCGACGUGGGCGAGUGCGGCCUGUUGCUGCAGACAACGACAAACGCCCAGGUUGGGCUUGUGGACGGCGACAACGUCGCUGCUGGAACUGGAUAUGCCACUUUCCGUAUGGCUAACACGAAUGGUCGACUCGCCGAUGGGAGCUACACUACGAAUGUGUUCGUGGACAAUGUCAUCUCUCGUGGUGGCGGUCGUGGUGUCUUCUGUGUCUCGGAGUCGGGCGGCGUUGAGAUUCGAAACGUGGAUCUCGCAGACAAUGGGAACAAUGCUAUUCUCAUUGAGAACUGCUAUGGUGUGUCGAUUCUUGGGGGUACCGUCGAGGGUGGUGGUGAGGUCCGUCUUGCGGCUCGCGACGAAUUUGAGAACAAUCGCGAUGUUUCGAUCACGCUGGAAGUCAAUGGAAACAGUGUGACGGAGAAUCCCUGCGGAGAAAAUAUCAGCUGGGAUAUUGCUGGUGAUGCCACUCUCAGUGUUUGUUAA